UUUCAGUUGUAUCAUCGUUUAACAUAGAGUUAAAAAAAAAAUCUAAAAUAAUUCCUUUGGUUUCACCACGCCUUGAACGGAAACAGGUGGUGCCUAAUUGCAGCACUACAGUUGCAACGGUCGUGUAGAGCAUAAACACAAAGCAUCAAGAAAAACAAUAAACAAACGAUAAACAGUGAACCAGAGGCUGACGACAGAGGCGCAGGUGAGUAUGCUCACACGAAUUACCCCCGGCAGGAAGUAAGACCGACACACAAACCUAAAAUAUUCAUAUAAAUACAAAUAUUGUUAUAUAAAAAUGCAUAAUUAACCGUCUCCUGCACUUUUACAGGCAUUAAUGACUUUCAAAGAUUGUACUUGUCAGCCUGCUUUAAUGCGUUGCGCCACAAAGAGGCACUAAAGCUCCGUCUUGGGACUUUGUGUUUUGUUUUUUUUCCUAUGACUCAGUUGUGAAAACCAAAAACGGGUGCAACUACGUUGUGAAAGACUGUAAACCCAUGUGAAUCCCGGUGUUGUGUGUGGCUUUUUGGCUUGUUUUCGUGCAGCGCACGACUGCAGCACAUGCAGUGUUUGCGUGACAUGUGUUUGUGCUUCGCUCAGGGUCGGUCACUUCUCAUGCAGAGCGCGUCUGCGGAGAGAGCAGCUCCAGGAUCUCUGCGUCUCUGACGGGCUGUCAGCCCAGAGCUGAGCUGAAAAGUCUGGAAACAUCAUCAUUCACGCGUUUGUUUGUGUUUGUGUAGACAAUCAGUGGGAGUCUGGCUGAGGUCCAGGGUUUAGUCGGAAAUUCGGCGCAUCCGCCUGCUAUUGUCAGGAAACUGACGGGAGGCACCAACGUGUUUUGAAUACAGAGGGAAGAACUAUUGACACCUACAACCAGAGCCAGUCUGUCGUGCGCCGGGAUACAGCUGAGAGGACACCGCCGCCAAGGAUUCAGCCGCGCUCCAUCACUUUAAGCAGUGAGGUUCUUGUUAAAUAUCUUCACCUUAUCUUUCCUGGCUCCAUCACGGAGGUGAAUCUGGCAGCCUGCCAUCGCGUCUCCUCCGUGCGCACAGAAAACCAAUAGAUUUACAGCGAACAGGAGAAAAAAAAAGGCAGAAAGGAGAGGGGGUAGAAAAGAGAGAAACAGCCCAGUCAGGCGAGACCUUCUGUUGCUCUGACAUGCUGUAAGUUGUCUGCUGUGGACUGAACCUACAUCAUGGCUUCGCUGUACCAGAGAUUCACCGGGAAGAUCAAUACCACCAAUUCGUUCCCGCAGCCACCCGAGGCCAGCCGUCUGUUGGGUGGACAUGUGGUGGAGGACGAGAACGCGGCCAAGAGCCCUCAGCAGAGAGUGGACGGCAGACCCCCCGUCCAGUACCGCAAAAAAUGCGUGCGAGAGGACGAAGAUGACCUUGUGGGCAGUGCUCCACCUCAGAGGAACUGGAAGGGAAUAGCCAUCGCUCUAUUGGUCAUCCUCAUCAUCUGUUCCCUGAUUGUCACCUCGGUCAUCCUGCUGACACCCCGUGAAGAUGACAACCUCGCCCUUAAAAAGAAAGUGACGGUCGACGAUGUGUUCGGUCCCGAUCUUUACAUCCAUGACCCUGAAGCAAAGUGGCUGGGUGAUGAUGAGCUGAUGUAUCGUAGGAGGGAUGGAGAUGUCGUCAGGUUCAACGUGGACACCAAGGAGAGCAAAGUCAUUGUGGCAAACCAGUUAUUUGACAGAUCCAGAGCUGCAAAGUACCAAGUAUCACCAGACAUGCAACAUGUUCUGUUUGCCUUCGAUGUGAAAGCGAUCUACCAACACUCCUACGUCGCCAAGUACAUCAUUUACAGCCUGGUGACGCAGGAAACCUGGCCCCUGAAUCCACCUGAGGUGCACGAGGCCGCCCUGCAGUUUGCUGGAUGGGGACCUCACGGGCAGCAGCUGAUCUUCAUAUUUGAAAACAACAUCUACUACAAAGCCACGGUGGAGAGUCGAGCCAUUCGGCUGGUUUCCACCGGACAGGACGGCGUCAUCUUCAACGGCCUUGCUGACUGGCUGUAUGAGGAGGAGAUUCUGCAGAGUCACAUCGCCCACUGGUGGUCUCCAGAUGGACUGCGGCUGGCCUACAUGACCAUCAAUGACUCACNNNACCCAAAAAUGCAAAUUACAUGCUAUCGAAUUUCCUCUUGGCCCCUGCAGGCUGGCGAGGAAAACCCUGUGGUGCAGUUGUCAGUGGUGAGCCUUAACGGUCCCCUGCACACGGUAGUAAUGAAGAAACCCGAUGACCCACGCCUUGGGAGGGAGUAUUACAUCACGAUGGUGACAUGGGCCACCAGCACCAAACUGGCUGUGAACUGGCUGAACCGGGCCCAAAACAACUCCGUCCUGACACUGUGUGAGGCCACGACUGGAGUCUGCAUUAAGAAACUUGAAGAUGAGAGCGACAGCUGGCUGCACAGACAGAAUGAACUGCCACUCUUUUCCCAUGAUGGACACAGGUUCUUCUUCACUCGAGCCAUACCUCAGGGUGGAAGAGGGAAGUUUUUCCACAUCUCCAUGUCAACAUCACUGCCUAACGUGAGCACAGACAUCCUCCAGUCUCUGACCUCAGGAGACUGGGACAUCACCAGCAUUCUGGCAUACAAUCCUGACAAGAACCUUAUAUAUUUUCUGAGCACAGAGGAUGACCCGAAGCGACGGCACUUGUACAGUGCCGACACAAUCCCUCCAUUCAACCGCUGUUGCCUGUCUUGUGAGUUCAAGUGUGGCUACAUGGAUGUUUCAUUCAGCAACAACAUGCAGUACUUCUUACUCAGCUGUAAAGGCCCUGAUGUCCCGAGUGUGGCUAUCUACAGAACGGUGGACAAACAGAAGGUGUUUGAGGUGGAGACAAACUCAAGAGUGAAUCACACAUACCACAACAUGCAGAUGCCCAAGGCGGAGUACAAGACCAUCACCAUAGACGACUACACUCUGACCAUGCAGAUUCUGAAGCCGGCUGGAUUCACAGAAACUGCACAUUACCCUUUACUGCUUCUAGUGGAUGGUACACCUGGUGGUCAGAUGGUAACAGAGAGGUUCCAGGUGGACUGGGACACAGUUCUGAUCAGCAGCUUCAGCACCAUUGUGAUCCGCUUCGAUGGUCACGGCAGUGGAUUUCGUGGCACAAACCUUCUCCACAAAGUCAGACGAAGGCUGGGAAAAUUAGACGAACGAGACCAGAUGGAGGCUCUCAGGUUCAUUUCCAAAGAACCUUACAUUGAUAAGACUCGGAUGGGUGUCUAUGGAAAGGCUUAUGGAGGUUAUUUAUCCACAAUGCUCUUGAGCUCUGAUGAUUUUACUCAACUGAAGUGUGGAGCCGCAGUUUCCCCCAUCACAGAUUUUGAGCUUUAUGCAUCUGCAUUUUCUGAACGAUACCUUGGUUUAAAGACCGACUCCAGGGUGUAUACGAUGGCAAAUUUAGCACACAGAGCCGGUCGCCUUUUGGAAAAAAACUACUUGAUAAUUCACCCAACUGCUGAUGAAAAGGUUCAUUUCCAGCACACGGCCAAAUUUAUCAACCACCUAAUUAGUGACAAAGCAAACUACACUCUGCAGAUCUACCCAGAUGAAGGACACUUUCUCCACAGUGACGGGACACGGCAGCACCUGAGCCAGUCUCUGGUCAACUUCUUUGAGGAGUGUUUCCGGGUUCCCGAGGUCCUUCUAGAUGACGAUGACGAGGAGGAAGAGGACAGCAGUUAAAUCUGCGGCACUGAGCAGCCACACACCUCCAUCACUCACCUCUCAGCAUAAUAUGCAAGAAAUCUUUGAAACCCAGUCAACUCUAAAACCUGCAGCCGUGUACAAUUUCAGCCCAACUCUCUAAAGUGCAAACAGGAAUCCGAGCCUCAUCUCACAACGUGGUCUCCAUAAAACUCUGUAGAACUAGUGCAGUGACCACUAGAGCUCCCUCUGGUGGACAACUGAAAGAACAACAAAAAUACAGCAGGACAGUGUGUUUUCAUCCUUAAUAUUACUGAACAUGUUGCAGCCCAAGUUCCAUCCUGUUAAAAGUCAGUUAAUCGCAUUGAGAUUUAACCUUUGAAAGACAGUUUCCCACAAACCUUUGCCAACUGAUUCUUGUGUUCAUAAGUAUGACUACAGCUACUUGUUUCUCUGUUCAGUGUUCUUACGAUAGUUACAAGUCAAUGUCUGGGUGAAUCAUUCAUUUACAGAACAAGGGCAGAAUAUUUAAAACAACAAUAUGAAAUUGUUUCCUCCUCAUACUGUAAAUCUGGAUUGAACUGUUUUCGUCACUGUGCCUUACUGUGGGUGAGAUGUCCGUGUUAGCAGCCCACAUGACGCUGAAAAUGAGUAAAUACGGUGUAGACUUAUUUGAACUGUACAUUCUAACUCGCACACAGAUCAUGAUUUCAUUUUCCUAAAAGCUAACAGCUGGAUGACAAAAACAGGGUGGGGUUUGUUUAAUCUUAGAAGAGGAAAAGGACUGGAUACAAAAAAACGACUUGAAUGACCGCAUCAUAGUGAAACUAUUAGGAAUGUUUAGUUUGCAACUGCACUUCUCAUAUUUACCCACCAGACCUGCGUACCAGAGAGUGACCGCCGCUAUACCUUCAUCAUUUAUUGAUUUUCUUUGAUGUGUGUGUUAAAUGGCCUGACUCUUCUUCUCUCAUGUCACUUCUGUUGGUAUUGUCUGUGAUUUCUAGUCAGCUGAUGUACAAAGUGUAUAAAUCCUAAAAUGGUUUAAGUCUUUAUGUUGUAUGUGCAACUUGUAUAUAAAGCAUUUUGAAAGGUUGUCUUUGUGACUUUUGUCACCUUCCUCCACAUCAAUGGAGAAUUUAAGCACACUUCAAAUAUCAUGUCACUGACAGUAGGAAGACAAGAAAACAUCUGAGUCCCUAGGA